AUGCUAGAAGAAGGUGGGUUCAUUAGAAAACCAAAAACCAGACGGAAACGUCAAGUUGAUUAUGUCGAAAUAAGUGAUGGCGAGACUACUCAAGUUGAUAGAGCAAUAGAUGAUAAAGAAGACGACGACGAUUACGAAGAGAUCAUCAUCAAAGAGCGUACUCCUGUACUGAUAGAUUCUUCAAGGGAUGAAAAACCGGUCUUAGAGGAGUUGAUGGAGACAAAAAGCGAAAAGGACGACGACGAUGACGACGACGAAGACGUGCCUUUGUCUAAGAGACGUACACGCAAGAAUGCAGAAGCUGAAGAAACGGAAGAAACCAAGCCGAAACGGAAAAGAGCAAGUGCGGCUAAGACCAAUGGUACUAAGAAAAAGACCAAAAAAGAACCUAAACCCAAGAAACCCAAAACGACACCUUACGAAAGAAACACCGCUAGACUUUACGAAAACCAUCCGGAACUCAAAACCGUCUUCACGGAUUUACACGAUGCACCAGCUUACAAAGCAAACCGAGCACCACAACCUUCUGGGAUGACCAUCAAAUUGCUACCUUUCCAACUUGAAGGUUUGCAUUGGCUCAUUACUCAGGAACAAAGCUUGUACGGCGGUGGGGUGCUAGCGGACGAAAUGGGUAUGGGUAAAACUAUUCAAACCAUAGCGUUGUUGAUGAAUGACGUUUCCAAGAAACCCUCUUUGGUAGUAGCACCUACUGUUGCUCUGGUACAAUGGAGGAAUGAAAUUGAGCAGCACACUGGAGGAAAACUUAAGACCCACAUUUUCCACGGUGCUAAUCGAUCCUCAAAUAUGGGUGAGUUCAAAGAUGUCGAUGUUCUUCUGACUACAUAUUCCGUCCUCGAGUCAGCGUUUCGCAAGCAAAACUAUGGUUUCAAACGGAAAAAUGGUGUAUACAAGGAAAAGUCGCUUCUUCACAAUAUGAACUUCUAUCGCGUUAUCUUAGAUGAGGCCCACAACAUCAAAGAUAGACAAAGCAACACCGCGAAGGCCGUCAAUAAUCUUUUGACGGAAAAACGAUGGUGUUUAACCGGUACACCACUCCAGAAUAGGAUUGGUGAAAUGUAUUCGCUAAUUCGAUUCUUGAAUGUCAAUCCAUUUUCCAUGUAUUUCUGCACCAAAUGCGAUUGCGCUUCAAAAGAAUGGAAAUUUAGCGAUAACAUGCAUUGCGACAAAUGUGCGCAUGUCGUGAUGCAACAUACCAACUUCUUUAACCAUUUUGCGUUGAAAAACAUCCAAAAACACGGCAUGGAGGGUCCUGGGCGCGAGUCCUUCAAUAACAUUCAGCUUCUGUUAAAAAAUGUUAUGCUCAGAAGAACAAAAGUGGAAAGAGCCGAUGACCUAGGUUUACCUCCAAGAAUCGUCACUGUACGGCGAGAUUUUUUCAACGAAGAAGAAAAAGACUUAUACCAGAGUUUAUACACGGACAUCAAGAGAAAGUUUAACUCUUACGUGGAAGAGGGAGUUGUGUUGAACAAUUACGCCAAUAUUUUCACUCUAAUCACAAGGAUGAGGCAGUUGGCCGACCAUCCUGACUUGGUUCUCAAGAGAAUGAAAAAUGGACAAGGCCAUGACGACAGCGUCAUAGUUUGCGAACUUUGUGACGAUGAAGCGGAAGAGCCGAUCGAAUCAAAAUGUCAUCAUAGGUUCUGUCGGCUAUGCAUUAAAGAAUACAUCGAGUCCUUCAUGGAAAAUACCGAAAAACUGACAUGCCCUGUGUGCCAUAUCGCGUUGAGUAUUGAUUUAUCCCAACCUGCUCUGGAAUAUACUCCUAGAUCUUAUUCCAGACACAGUAUCGUGGAUCGUCUUAACGUUAAAGGGAGUUGGCGGUCUUCCACCAAGAUUGAAGCAUUAGUGGAGGAGCUUUACAAUCUGCGAAGCGAUCGAAGAACAAUCAAGUCCAUCGUUUUCUCACAGUUCACCAGUAUGCUGGAUCUAGUUGAGUGGAGACUUAAAAGAGCGGGAUUCAAAACCGUGAAGCUGCAAGGUAGCAUGACACCCACGCAAAGAGACCAAACGAUUAAAUAUUUCAUGGAAGAUAUUCACUGCGAAGUGUUUUUGGUGAGUUUGAAAGCCGGUGGUGUUGCUUUGAAUUUGUGUGAAGCUUCUCAAGUAUUCAUCUUGGACCCCUGGUGGAAUCCGAGUGUCGAGUGGCAGAGUGGAGACAGAGUGCAUAGAAUUGGCCAAUUUAGACCGGUCAAGAUAACAAGGUUUUGCAUUGAAGACAGCAUUGAAUCCAGAAUUAUUGAACUACAGGAGAAAAAGGCUAACAUGAUUCACGCUACGAUAAGCCAAGACGAUGCGGCCAUCAACAAAUUGACUCCCGGGGAUUUGCAAUUCUUGUUCAACAACUAG